UUGUUUUACCAAUGGACAAUGGACAACGUCCAACGUCAGUGAGUUUUUUAAUUUUUAACAGUCAAAUCGUAUACGUUCCCGCGAAAUAACGCUUAAAACGUGGUUAAAAUCAAUAAAUUGUGUGAAAAUGCAAACAGUGUGCUACCGAUCUGUUUUGAUAAUUCUAUGAGAUUGUAAUUGUAUAUUUACUGACUAAUGUUUAUACAAAAAAAUAAAUGGAACUAUAAGUGUUGUGUCUCGAACAUUUAAAAAAGUUAUUGUUUAUAAACACCUAUGCCUAAUCAGCAGUGUAGUUGGUCUCUCCAGCAAAUAUGGGAAGAUAUUUCAUCGAUAUUUGUUAACUUUACGGAACGGAUAUUUUAUGUGCUCGGUGUUAAAAUAGCAAGACAUCCAUGGCGGACGAUAUCCAUAGCAUGGAUGUUUGUAAUCAUAAGUUGUUUUGGUUUAUUAAGGUUUCACAUAGAAAAGAAUCCUUUCAGGCUAUGGGUUCCACCAGACUCGGAUUUCUUUAUAGAUACAAACUGGUUCAUAGAUAAAUUUGGAACCUCCUUCAGAUUUCAAAAAAUUCUUAUAAAAUCAGACAACGUUUUGGAGCCAGAAGUGUUUCAGACAAUGAAUAAUAUUACCAAUGAAAUAGACUCCCUGACUAUAACAUACAAAUCAAGAAACUAUACAAUUAAGGAUUUUUGUUAUGAAGUUCCUGUGGUUAAUUUUUUAAACUCAAAUGAUAAUCUUGGAUCUGAAGGGCGUAUAAAUGCAAAUCAGUCAGUGUACAAAAAGAAAAAAAGUAAUAAUGAAUUUAGUGAUGCAACCCUAUGGUUUGAUGAUGAACUUUACUGUGGAGUUUUAGAUAAGUUUACAAUGACCUGUCUUCAAUAUAACAUUCUUGAUUUAUGGAGUAAUAGCCCAGAAAUGAUAAAAAAUAUAACAAAAGAUGAAAUAAUAAGAUUGGUAAACCAAGUUAAAGUUAAUCCUAUAUCUGGUCAUGCACUGGACUAUUCAAAGUUACUUGGUGGAAUCAAGUAUAACGAUACAGGUCAUAUAGUUUCUGCAGAAUCUGUGCUGUUCACAUGGUACACACAUGUCAAUAUGUCUGAUGAAGAUAUGAAUGAAGCUGGCAACUUGGUUGGCACCGAAGAAUGGCAGUCUAUACAAUUAAGUAUGUGGGAAAAAGAAUUUUUAUUAAAAAUGGCAAAUCUAUCUUCCAAUGUAAAUGGUCUAAAAGUUUAUUAUGAGGCUGGACGUAGCUUUGCUGAUGUUAGUGGAGAAACAAUGUUUCAUGAUAUGGAUAAAUUGUUUAUUGGUAUAUUAUUAAUGUUUAUUUAUGCGGUAACAGCUUUAUCAAGAUGUAAUUGGCUCGAAGUGAGAUUAACGUUGGGUAGUGUGGGACUGCUGUGUGUUGGAAUGGCCUAUGUGUCAGCAGUCAGUUGGUGCUCCAUCAUUGGUAUACCAUUUGGGCCGGUGCACUCAUCAUUGCCAUUUCUACUAAUGGGUUUAGGUAUAGAUGAUAUGUUUGUAAUGAACGCUUGUUGGAAAAUGGUUACAAGUUCAAAGUCUUCCAAAAGUGUACCCACUAAAGUAGGGUUAAUGUUAAAACAUGCCGGGGUAUCUAUUGUAAUAACAUCGUUCACUGACAUUGUUGCCUUACUCAUUGGUGCUAUCACCAUCUUACCCUCUUUAAAAUCGUUCUGUAUUUAUGGUGCUGCAGGUGUAUUCUUUGUCUUCUGUUAUUCUGUGACAUUUUAUGUAGCAGCUUUCACAUUAGACUUAAAAAGGAUUGAACAAAAUAGAAAUGGUUUCCUAUUUUGUUACACUCAUAAAAAACCAAUUGCCUUAGCAGAGAAUAAAACAAAAUGUCAUGAACUAUUCUCUGGAUUCUAUAAAUAUAUUGUUCUUACAAAACCAGGUAAAACAAUUGUUAUAUUGUUCACUUUAAUUAUGACAUGUUUUAGUAUACAAUCAACAUUAAAGUUGGAACAAAGGUUCGAUCCUAAAUGGUUUAUACCUGAAAGCUCUUAUUAUAGAGAGUUUAUUUCAGUUUAUGAAUAUUAUUAUCCAGAGCAUGGACAAGAUGCAAUGGUGUUUUUAGGAAAAAUAAAUUACAAAUAUGAAUUUUCCAAUAUUUUGAACAUGAUGGAAGAAUUAGGUAAUAGUUCAUAUGUGAUGGAUGUAGACCCCUGGACAGAAGGAUUUUAUAGGUAUGUCUUGAUAAAUUAUGCACGCGAUCUAAGAAAUAAUAAUAUCACUGAUGCUGAAUUUAAUAAAUACUUGUCUAGAUUUUUAUUUAGUCCUGUCGGUGGCAGGUUUCGGGCUAGUAUAAAAAUGAAGGAACCAUUAGUUUGUGGUCAACCGGCCAGAGAAAUUCAGGGAUCAGUUAUGUCAUUUAAACUUAAAAACUUUCAAGGACCAGAGGAAUAUAUACCAGCAAUGAAUUAUGUAAAGAAUGUUGUUAAAUCGGCAAAUAUAACCACUGGUGAUGGCUAUCGAAGUGUUUGGGCCAAAGUAUUUGCCAACUGGGUAACGGAUGAGAUUAUAGGACUUGAAAUGGAGAGAAAUAUUGAAUUAGCUUUACUGUGUGUCAUGGCCUGUACCAUUGUACUAAUAACUAAUCUUCAAAUGUGUUUAUGGAUAUUUAUUUGUGUAUUAAUAACUAUCAUUAACGUUUUGGGUUGGAUGCAACGGUGGGGUAUGACGGUAGAUAUUGUCUGUUGUAUUGGACUAGAAUUAGCAAUAGGAUUAUGUGUAGAUUAUGCUGCUCAUGUAGGUCACACUUUCUUAACGAUGACAAAUGGAUCGCGUAAUGAGCGGGCUUUUGCGACAGUAACCUCUAUAGGUACUGCAGUUUUGUUAGGUGGCGGUUCCACAUUACUAUCUCUGUCAUUAUUAGGCGCAUCGAAAGCAUACACUUUCCAGUCAUUUUUCAAGAUUUUCCUUCUCGUUAUACUAUUUGGUUUGUUCCAUGGGCUAGUGUUUUUACCUGUAAUAUUGUCACUAGUUGGGCCUGAAGCAUAUAGAAGUAAAGAACACAGGGAUGCCUCACCUGAGGCUGUUGAACUAGAUAGAGAAAAUAAUGAAAAAGAGAACUAUAGCACAGGUACAUGACAGUAAUGGAUAAAAUUAGUUAAAUAUUGUAAAAGAAUCGACAUUAAUACAAUCUCAAGCAUAGUAACUUAUCUCUAUUAUACAGUAACAGCAGUCAUACUCAUUAUCGUAAGUUAAGUGUAGAUAAAUAAUAAUUAAGAUUUAUAAA